UGUUUAUUAUUGUCGCAUUGACAUUUUAAGUACAGUCAUAUUGCACAGACAUUGAGGCUGUUGCUAGUCAAGCGUGUGUUAUCUGCCAUCUGCCACGUAACAGACUUACCACGAGGAAACGACCAACGACGUCACCAGUGACAGAUACAGUUUAUCGGCUUUGCUUCGUACGAUUUUUUCACCGGAAUAAAUAUACUGUUGCCGGUGACUUGAUAGUCAAAUAUCAGAUGCUGACGUUACAAUAAUAAGAGCUACGACUAAGUCGAAAAUGAAUAUCCCCGAAAAAUUACGACAAUUCGAUGCAUAUCCAAAAACCCUUGAAGAUUUUCGAAUCAAGACAUACGGCGGUGCUAUUGUGACAAUUGUUAGUUCUAUUAUUAUGAUGCUACUUUUUUUCUCUGAAGUUAAUGACUUCUUGACUCCGCAUUUGAAAGAAGAAUUGUUUGUCGAUACUUCUAGAGGUUCUAAAUUGAAAAUUAAUUUAGAUAUUAUUGUUCAUUCCAUAGCUUGCGAUUUAUUAUUGAUAGAUGCUAUAGAUAUGACUGGAGAGCAACAUUUGCAUAUCGAUCAUAAUAUUUAUAAAAGAAGAUUAGAUCUCAGUGGCAAACCUAUCGAAGAUCCAAAAAAAACAGAGAUUGCUGAUAUUAAAAAAUCUACCGAAAAGCCAGCAGAUAAUACAACGGCAGUGCAAUGUGGUGAUUGCUAUGGAGCAGCAAAUGAAGAACAAGGUUUAAAGUGUUGUAAUACGUGCGAAGAUGUUAAAACUGCGUAUAGAAUAAAAAAAUGGGCAAUCAGUGAUCCUUCUAUCUUUGUACAAUGUAAAAAUGAUAAGUCGGCUGAGAAAUUGAAACAUGCGUUCAACGAAGGAUGUCAAAUUUAUGGAUAUAUAGAAGUCAAUAGAGUAGGAGGAAGUUUUCAUAUAGCACCAGGCGAAAGUUUCCUAAGUAAUCACUUACAUGUACACGAUUUACAACCAUUUUCUAUCUCACAAUUCAAUUUAACGCACAAAAUUCGACAUUUAAGUUUUGGAACAAACAUUCCUGGAAAAACGAACCCUAUUGAUAAUUCUACAGUAAUUGCCUCAGAAGGUGCUAUGAUGUUUUACCAUUAUAUGAAAAUAGUUCCUACUACAUUCAUGAGACUGGAUGGAUCGAUUCUUCAAACAAAUCAGUUUUCUGUCACAAGACAUUAUAGAAGUGUUUCAUUUUCUGAAGACCUAGGAGUACCUGGCAUUUUUUUCAACUACGAACUUAGUCCAUUAAUGGUGAAAUACACACAAACGGUGAAAUCAUUUGGUCAUCUUUUAACAAACACCUGUGCUAUUAUCGGUGGAACUUUUACAGUUGCCAGUAUUUUUGAUGCUUUUCUUUAUCAUUCAGUAAGAGCAAUACAUAAAAAAAUCGAAUUAGGAAAAUUUAAUUAAA